AAUAUACUAUCAGGAAGAUGUCACUUACAAAACUAAAAUAAUUAUUGAUUACAGCGCCGCCACAAGUUAUGCACUUUUUGUAACUAAACCAAAUGACUGCAUACCAAAUGACCUCAUUAAGACAUUACUGGAGUCAAAAAGGGUAUAAAUACCAGGACUUUGUUUGAUCCAUAUCAUUCUUCUCGAGUUUUUCGCCAGAGUAGCAUUUAACUGCCAAUUGUGAUUAAAACCAAUUCUUUUUCUCUCGAGUUUUAACUAAAAUCAAUUUAAAAACAUGUCGAAAAUUACUUUCCAAUCAUCAGACGGUGAAAAGUUCGAAGUUGACAUUGAAGUCGCCAAAAUGUCGAAUACCAUCAAAAUCAUGUUGGAUGAAUGUGGCAUCGAAGCUGGAGAUGGAGCCAUUUUGCCGGUACCUCAAGUCAAUGCUGAUAUUUUGAAUCGCGUUUUAAAGUGGUCCGAACAUCACAAGGGCGAAACCAUUCCAACUGAUGCUGAUGAUGACAAUGGUGCCAGCAACAAUCCAAUCUCCGAAUGGGAUACUGAAUUUUUGAAAAUCGAUCAAGGCACUCUGUUUGAGCUCAUAAUGGCCGCAAAUUACUUGGACAUCAAGGGAUUGAUGGAUGUAACAUGCACAACCGUUGCAAAUAUGAUGAAAGGCAAAACGCCCGAAGAAAUUCGCAAAACAUUCAACAUUAUUAACGACCUACCAGAAGUCCCAACGGAACAAGAAGCGGCACAAAAUUAGAACCAACGAUUUACAUAAAUCGAAUUUGAAUCACUCACUCUUUUAUUGCAAGUUUUCAUAAAAAAUAGAUGAAUACACAAAAUGUUAAAUUUUCAAUAGAAAUUCCACAAUUGUAAAUCAGUUAAUUUGACUAAAGUAUCCAUCAUCGCUCUAUCCAUUAUA